CGUGCUGGGGUCUGGCCAAGCCGUGCCUACCCAAGCCGGGCCCGGCGGCUCCUCCCCCGACGUAGGAAGGUUACACCUCUCCUCCUUUCCCUGUCAGCGAACAGCUGGACUUCUCUGGUUACAUGUGUGCAACCAUUUCAAACAAACCACCCGGGCUGGCUUACUCAGCACGUUAUCGGAGCGUGAUUUACAAAAUGCGGCUCCCGUCCAGCGCAGCCCGUGCCGAGUGUUUGUGCGACUGAAGGUCUCGGCUGAUCCCUUCUUGUCCUGUGCAAGCCAAGAGGUUUGUUUGCAGCAGCAGCAGCGGCAGCCACGGCCAGUUCAAUACCUAAGAAGGCUCCCAAAAGGAUGGCGUCCCUCAUGGAGAUGAAGGAGAUCUUCCGCAGCGCCGACGCCGUGUGCUUCGACGUGGACAGCACCGUCAUCAGGGAGGAGGGGAUCGACGAGCUCGCCAAGUUCUGCGGCGUGGGCGACGCCGUGGCGGAGAUGACCCGCAGGGCCAUGGGUGGCACUGUGACAUUCAAAGCAGCUCUGACAGCACGACUCGGUCUCAUACGGCCCUCCUACGAACAAGUGCAGAAAUUAAUAUCUGACAACCCACCUCAGCUCACGCCAGGAAUAAGGGAGCUGGUGAGCAGACUUCACCAACGGGGGGUUCAGGUCUUCUUGGUCUCCGGGGGGUUUCAGAGCAUUGUGGAACACGUGGCCUUGCAGCUGAACAUUCCCACAGCAAACGUCUUUGCCAACAGGUUGAAGUUUUACUUUAACGGAGAAUACGCAGGAUUUGAUGAAACACAACCAACAGCUGAAUCAGGGGGGAAAGGAAAGGUUAUUGCUCACCUGAAAGAACAGUUCCACUUUAAGAAAGUAGUUAUGAUUGGAGAUGGAGCUACAGACAUGGAAGCCUGCCCCCCUGCUGAUUGUUUCAUUGGAUUUGGAGGAAAUGUAAUCAGAAAGCAAGUAAAGGAGAAAGCAAAAUGGUACAUUACUCACUUUGAUGAGUUGCUAAAAGAACUGGAAGAGCGAUAAAUUAUACAGUAAAUUAAUCUAUUUAACACCUGUAAAUCCAUUAUACAAUGAAAUUAAACAUUUAUUUGUUUGCAAA